GGAUGUCAGCCACAAAAUCAACUCAGCUUAUGCAGAACCAGGACCAGAGGUGAAGGAGACCCAUUCCUUUCCCACUGCCAACUACUGGAGGAGGCAUCCCUCUGCCCAGGCAGAGUGCUGCCUGCAUGGAGACCAGACCUGUGGUCUUACAGAUGUUGGGCAGAGUUCAUCAUCGACCCUGCUGGACCCUCACUGCAUGAACAGCGGUGGGACUGCAGAGCUUGGGGAAUGAGGUUGAAGAGGGGAAGAUGCUGUAGCUUCCUUCACCAUUGGCUUCAAGAAGAGGAUUACUGGCAAUGAGUGGCUGCCAAGUCUCCAUGAGCAGGGCUUUCAGUGUUGCCUCUGGGCUCAUGCUAUCAGAUUUUUCAGAGGACACCUCUAGGGACAAAGAUCCAGAAGCAGGAUCCGUAAAGCAACAGCAGGGCUGUGGCUGGCAAGGGCUGAGCAGCAUAGUUAGCAUGGGCACAGAGGGGCUGGACGUUUUAGUGCACACCUUUUACAACUUUUACUCAUUUCAUGGAAAGAUGAUAGUGAUCUCCCAACUCUCCAUCACACUGAAGAUGGCAAGAGCUUACUCAGGAGGGAGAGACAUGGGGACAGGUUACAUAGUCCAUUGGCUACUUGGCUCCCUUGGCCAUAAUUUAGUAACUACUGAUUGAGACAAGGUGGGAUUGAAAUGUAUUAACAGUGUUUUGAUGCUGUUUGGGGCUUCACCAAGGGAAUUUUGGGUGGGACUGGGACAGAAUUAGGUGCUGGGAAAGGUAAGACAUUGGUGGCAGACUGGAGUCAUUGGGACCACACUGGUGAAUCUGCUGCCAGGGUUAGCUGGGAUGGAGUUCAUCCUGCUCAAUGCUUGGGCUCCAAGAACUUUUAACAUCUUGAGGGCUUUGUUUUCAGACAUUUCAUGUCAUGAUGUGGCUAGAAUAUGGCUGCAAGGAUGUGCUGGGGGACAAGGAACCUCCCUGCCUUCCUUCCUCUGCUUGUGUUUCAGGUCACCUUCUAUGAAGACAAGAAUUUCCUAGGCCGUAGCUAUGAGUGUGAUGGUGACUGCCCUGAUUUUCACACCUACCUGAGCCGCUGCAACUCCAUCCGUGUGGAUGGAGGUGCCUGGGUGGCCUAUGAGAGGCCCAACUUUUCUGGGAACAUGUAUGUUCUGACACAAGGGGAGUAUCCUCAUUACCAGCACUGGAUGGGCCUGAAUGACCGCCUUGGCUCCUGCAAAGCCAUUCAGAUACCAAGUGGAGGCCGGGGCCACAUCCAGGUAUUUGAGAAGGGAGACUUUGGUGGGCAGAUGUUUGAAACCACUGAAGACUGCCCUUCAGUCAUGGAGGAGUGGCACAUGCGCGAGAUCCACGCCUGCAGAGUGCUGGAGGGCGUCUGGGUUUUCUAUGAGCAUCCCAACUACCGGGGCAGGCAGUACCUGCUGCCCAAGGGGGAGUACCGCAAGCCUGUGGACUGGGGAGCCGCUGGCCCCGCCGUCCAGUCCUUCCGCAGCAUCGCCCAGUGAGGAGCCCAUUGACUCAA